AUGAACUGGCCCCCCCGAUUACGCGGAUGGACAGGUCCUACUCCUGCCAUCGGUAGCGGCGAGGAUAUUCCAAUCGGAACGUACUUUACAACAUGGUACAGUCCGUCAUUUAUGAAUGAAUCGGGACCGAAACUUGUGAAGCAGAUGGUGAAAUGGUUUAAACAAAGUGAUGAGACACUUGCGCGGUUUUCCUCUGGUUCGUCUCAAACGGAUUCUUGGUUAGAGGGCUUAGUUCCUUCGUCUACAUCUUCUACUCCUGGUGCGGUUGGAUACCCUGCUACACUAGUAAUCCUGCAUGAUGAACUUGAAGCGCCGUUGGGUAAAAUCCGCGUUAAGCGUGGUGGACCUGAGGCGUUUAGUUUACGAGGACAUCGGGGGUUGAUUAGUGUUUGUGAGAGCCUUAGAGGAAAGGGAUUAUAUCCUCCUCAACAGAAUCAGAAGAAUGAGAAGAAGCGCAAGGAUAAGGAUUCAGCUUUACCGCGGGAUCUUUCGAUUUUGCGUGUUGGCAUUGGGAUUGGGAGACCGGAUAGUCGUGCUAAGAAUGCCGUGGCAGACUAUGUGUUGACGGAGAUGGAUGCUGGGGAGUUGAGUGCUGUGCAACGAGCAGCGGAUCCGGUCAUUGCGAUAUUAGAGGAGGAGCUUUUUGGAUCCAAAUCGAAGUGA